AUGCCCGCACCGACCGCUCUCCAAAGAGCGCCAGAGCCUCUGGCUGUCGAAGAGACGAUCCACGAUGCAACACAGGUAGCAGAAGAAGAUACUCUCGACCUUGCCUCCUCUGGCGCACAAGACGAACCUCCGCAAGACACUGAAAUGGAGGUAGAUGCACAGAACGACUCACUCUUCGCCCCCGAACAAGCCUCGAAAUCCGCCCACCGAGCCGAAGAGCGCAAAGUACGAGUGCCACCACACCGCAUGAGCCCGCUCAAGAACAGCUGGACCAAAAUUUACCCUCCCCUCGUCGAGCACCUGAAACUGCAAGUGCGGAUGAACAUUGCGAAGAAGGCGGUCGAGCUGAGGACAUCAUCGCACACGACCGAUACAGGUGCGAUUCAGAAAGGCGCGGACUUCAUUCAAGCAUUCUGCUUGGGCUUCGAUCUGGACGACGCGAUUGCUUUGUUGAGACUUGACGAUCUCUACAUUCAGUCGUUCGAGAUCAAGGACGUCAAGUCGCUGGAGGGGGAGCACAUGAGCAGAGCGAUUGGGCGGAUAGCGGGCAAGGAUGGCAAGACGAAGUUUGCGAUUGAGAAUGCGAGUCGGACGAGAAUUGUGCUGGCUGAUCAGAAGGUACACAUUCUGGGAGGGUUCAAGAACAUUCAUAUCGCGAGAGAGGCGGUGGUCAGCUUGAUUUUGGGUAGUCCUCCGGGCAAGGUGUAUGGCAACCUGAGGACUGUGGCGGGGAGGAUGAAGGAGAGGUUUUGA